AUGCCUUCGAUUGCAGACAUUCCUUGCGAGCUGAUGACAUCCAUUCUGCGAAGCCUGGACGAUUUUGAGACUCUUAUCUCAGCUUUGCUCGCAUGUCGCCAUAUUUAUUCCUCCUUCAAGCAGAUCGCUGGCACUGAGUUGGCCAUUCUUCGUCGGAAAAUCGGGCUAGACCUACUCCCAUAUGCCGUCGCGUCUUUGGAAGCGUCAAGACUAAAGCCAAGCCCAGGUGACGAUAGUUCCAUCCGCGCCUUGCUCGACCUACUCUACGAUAACCCUUCACAGUUGGUGGCCAGAACCGCUUCGAUAUCUUCAGAACUCUUGCGAAGCAUGUCGCGCAAGCAUGACUGGCAUCACCAGAGGCCGUCGAUCUGUCUCCUUCCGGAUACGUCCGCUUCGAUGGGAGAUUUGCUCUUCCACAGACAUCCACCGUGGGUGAACGAACAACCUGGCUGCGUACAUGACUUCAUUGAGGACAAGUUUCUUGAAGCUUCCAUCGACGUCCUUGCCCACGAUGUCACCCUCGGCGAAUAUGAGAUCGACUAUUUGACAACCGGCGGAGAUAACAUGAUGAUACAGUCAUGGGCAUUCAAUGCCGGCACGACUAAUCUUCCCGAUGCGGUUGGGUGUAUCAUGGAUGACCAUGCUUACAACAACACCGACUUAGAAGACUUCAGUGCAUCUGAGCUUGCGACGAUAAUUCCCGCCUGCGAGAAUGUUUGCAACAAGGACAAGGGCCUUACGCGGUUGGCUGAGGAGACGUGUAUACGUCUUUGGGAUUGGGUCUACAUUCGAGGGCCCGACGUUCUGAAGCUGUUUGCCAUCGCCAGAUGUGAAGACGAUGGCCCUUCCGCUGAAGCAUUGGAGGAGAUGGAAAAAUCCUUCAAGCAGAGAUCCUUGAUCUGGCAAACAUCGACCAUGACCCAGGCCAGUAGCGGGAUGCUCAAUAGCAUGUCGCAGGUUCUGAUGGUUUACCAAGUAUCUUCCGAUCACAUUUGGGUUGAAACGACAGCUUGGGAACUAGGAGAUGAAAUCGACAUGUCGGAACUGGCCAUGGUCAAGCAAGCAAAAUGUCGCAUGCAGUUGAGUUUAGUUCAGAGAGGUUUACACAUCGGACACGAGAAGCUCCCCAAAAAAGCACACGAGCUAGAUGAAACAACGUCACCGGCUGGCCAUUGCAGCCACAUGUCUUCUCAUAUCAAGCUCUCGCGGCUAAAUCUGCGGCCAUUGAGCUCAAGAUGCAGCGCGCAAGCUACGCGACAGCAGAGACGAUCUCACCAUGACUUCAAUCACUUCGUGUGUCGGUCAGACGCCUCCGAAGCUGCACUCCAAUCGCCGAACAAAUUCAAGUUAGCGGUAAAGGACAAUAUCGCGACCGAAGGGCUGCCGACAACAUGCUCCUCCGCCAUCCUCUCCUCCCACAAAAGCCCCUACGAGGCCACCAUCGUGCGCCAGCUCCGGAAACGAGGUGCUCAAGUCGUAGGGAAGACAAACAUGGAUGAAUUUGGCAUGGGAUCCCACUCGCUAAACUCGAUCCACGGGCCUGUACUCAAUUCGCUGUCUGCGACGCCGACCUCUGCUGGCGGAAGCUCAGGAGGCAGCGCGGUUGCGGUUCAGACUAGCGAAGCGGACGUCGCGCUCGGGACGGAUACGGGCGGUUCAAUUCGCCUUCCUGCGGCGUACUGCGGUGUGGUUGGAUAUAAGCCCUCCUAUGGCAUGCUGUCGAGGUUCGGGGUUGUUCCGUAUGCGAACUCCUUGGAUACCGUUGGUCUGCUUGCUAGGGAUGUUGAUGUUAUCGAGGAUUUGAUGUUCAGCACGGGACUGGACGCGGAACAUGACUCCCAGGACCCGACAUCCUUGUCAAAGAGCUUCCGAAAGAAGCAGCAGAGUCAAGCGGCCACUGGUCGGUCACGGCUACGCAUCGGCAUUCCUCUAGAAUACAAUAUCGAGGAAUUGGAUCCCAAGAUCAAAGCAGCCUGGUCUGACGCAGCAGACCUUUUGCAGAAAUCCGGCAUAGAGGUGGUUCCGGUAUCAUUACCGUCCACAAAGCACGCUCUAUCAGCAUACUACGUCAUCGCACCGGCAGAAGCAUCUUCCAACCUCGCCAAGUACGACGGCGUCCGCUACGGCACCCGCGGCGACGAGAGCGAUGGCGCUGGCGAGGUCCUUUACUCCAAGACUCGCGGUCUUGGCUUCGGCGAGGAAGUCAGACGCCGCAUCCUCCUCGGCGCCUACAGCUUGAGCUCCGAGGCAAUGGACAACUAUUUUAUCCAAGCCCAGCGGGUGCGCAAGCUCGUGCAGCGAGACUUUGACCGCGUCUUUAGGCUGGAGAACCCCCUCUACGACGAACAGCAGUUCGACUUGAGCGAUAUGAAGGAUGAGGUCGAGCUUCAGGAUAAACUCGGCCCUUCGCAGGUGGACUUCUUGUUGUGUCCUACUGCGCCGACGUUUGCACCGCGUAUUGAGGAUAUCAAGCGGCAGACACCGGUGCAGAUAUACAUGAAUGAUGUCUUUACAGUGCCGGCCAGUCUCGCUGGGCUGCCGGCCAUCAGCAUCCCUACCAAGAUCAAGUCGGAGGAUGAAGAGGUGGACGGUAGCCGGCGUGUCGCGGGUCUCCAGCUGAUCGGUCAGUACUGGGAUGACAAGCGGUUGCUCAGCGUGGCCAAGAAUCUCCUUAGCCAGUUACCUGCUUGA